AUGAGCCGCUUCAAUGCGCCAGCUGGUCAAUCCCUUUUUGCUUCAAAACUCGCCUAUGAAGCUCUAGAAAUCGAGUCUGGUGAAGAAAGUGAAGAGGAAAUUGUCCAGGAGGAGCCAGCUCAAUCCAGUGCCCCGGAGGAGCCUCCAAAGCCUACCAAGUCGGCUUUGAAGAAGGCUAGUCGCCUUGCCCGUCAGGAACGCAGGCAACAAGAAAAGGCAGAGAGGUCCAGAGCCCGAGCUGCUGCCAAGCAAGCCGCUUCGCAAUCCCCCUCGACGCCCUCGACACCUCUAGAGACACCUACGUCGGCGAGCAGGUCGGAAAGCGGUGUAGAUGAAACGCCUGCAGCCCCUGUGAAGUUGGAGACGCCUGUCGCCGCGGCUCCACCUCCACCAGCGGUCGUCGCGGAAGCAAAACCAAAGGACGAGAAACCAAUCCCAUCGCGCCCUGCUUCCAAUGGCAACAUCAACGGCCAUGUCCACCAGGAAUUGGCCCAACCAACACCCCCGCCAGCUAACGAAGAAGCGAAGACGCCAGCGCCUUCCGCACAACCGAAAGCAGCAGCGGUACCUACCAAAGCACCACCAGUCGCCGUCAUCGAACCGCUAAAACAACCUGUGGUCAAACCCGUUGCACAUCCUCCAGCACCAGUUGACGAAGAACAGGUGAAGAAAAGACAAAAUGUUGUUGAACGUGUCAUUUGGACGUUCGUCAUGAUCUUUGGAUUCAUUGGUCUUCUGCUCAUGGGUCACGCGUAUAUGAUUGUGCUGGUCAUGCUCUGCUCGACUCUGGUAUACCGUGAAGUGACGGCACUCUUCUCGCUCAAGUCAGCGGACCAGAAGGAGAACAAACCUGAGUUGAAGGGCAAAGACCCCUGGAGCAAGACGUUGAAUUGGUACUUUUUCGCUGUCACCAACUACUUCCUGUAUGGUGAAAGCAUCAUCUACUACUUCAAGCAUGUCGUAUUCGCAGAUGCUCAGCUUCUCCCCUUCGCUACCAACCACCGAAUGAUCAGCUUCACCCUCUACAUCAUCGGUUUCAUGGGCUUCGUCAUGUCUCUCAAAAAGGGAUACCUGAAGCAACAAUUCGGCCUCUUCUGCUGGGUCCACAUGAGUUUGCUCAUUAUCGUGUUUUCGAGCCACUUCAUCAUCAACAAUAUCCUUGAAGGUCUGAUUUGGUUCUGGGUUCCCGCUUCCCUCGUUGUUUGCAACGACUGCUUCGCCUACAUCUGGGGUAAGACAAUGGGGCGAACACCCUUGAUCAAGCUCUCUCCCAAAAAGACUGUGGAAGGCUUCGUUGGCGCCUUCUUCAGCACUAUUAUCUUUGCUGUGUUGUGGGGAACCUACUUCAUGCGAUUCAACUACAUGAUCUGCCCCGUCCACGACCUCGGAACCAACGCGUUCACUGCGAUGUCCUGCAACCCGAACCCGGUCUUCAUCUGGCGAAGUUUGGAAUUGUGGAAGCCCCUGUCUGUCGCGCUCGGCACUAUUUCUGGCCAGUCCAUCACCUCCAUUUCUUACGCUCCGUACCAACUCCACCUCCUCGUGCUGGCCUGUUUCGCCUCUCUUGUUGCUCCUUUCGGAGGCUUCUUUGCAUCGGGUUUCAAGCGUGCCUUCGACAUCAAGGACUUCGGCCAAAGUAUUCCAGGCCAUGGUGGAAUGACGGACCGCAUGGAUUGCCAGUUCCUCAUGGGCGUCUUCACCUAUGUUUACUACAGCAGCUUGAUCCGUCAAAAUAACGUCACGGUCGGAGGCAUCCUGCAAACCAUCGUUAGCAACCUCACCGUCGAUGAGCAACUAGAGCUCAUCGGUGAUCUCGUACGCUACUUGGAAAAGCAAGGCAUCGCCGUUCCCCGAUGA